UCACUUUUUUUUGUCUUUUUGUCCAUUGUGUUCACGUGACUUCUCUCUUUUCUUUCUACCUCGAGACUCCCCAUACUCCCUAGUCCCAACUCCCACUUCUCUACUUCAAACAAAAGUCCAACAUCCUAGGCAGUGUAAUAAAGAAUCUGAACCCCAAAUCUAAAUCAGAUAUUCAAGACUUCUCUUUUUACUCAGCCCAAACAUUCAAUCUUUCUUAGCCCAAACAUUCAAUCUUUCUUACUUUAUUUUUCUUCUUUUGAAUGACUUGACUUCCUUCUUGUUUGUAUUUGCUUGAGGAUCUUUGGAAAAUGAUUUCUUUACCUCUAUUUUUAUAAUGUUUGUAGGCUCUAUCUUUUUCAGAGUUCACUCGUCGAUUUCAGUAGCUAUGUUGUUGUCGAAUGACCUCAGUACCUAGUAGGAGUUUAUAAUAAUAAUAAUAAUGCCAUUUUUACCAUUUUUUCUAUCUUUUCUCUCCUUGGUUCUUAAAGAAUCUGAAUCCCAAAUCUAGAACAUAAAUUCAAGAUUUCUCCUUUUUCUCCCUAAAGAUUCUAUCUUUUAGCUCUCCGAGGUAGUGGUAAGGUCUGCUGCGUACACUCUAACCUCUUCAGAAUUCACAGGGAUUUCACCGUUUUGUUGUUGUUGUUGUUGUAAAGAUUCAAUCUUUCUUUGUUAUUUUACUUUUGAAUGACUUCAGUAUCUAGUUAGAAUUCAUUAUAAUCAUGCCACUCUUACCAUUUUUUGCUACCUUACUGUUGUUGGUUUUCAUUCUUGUUAACUCAGCAGCAGCAACUCAUAGGUGUUUAAAACAUGAAAUCUCAUGUCCACCUUUUACUUCUUUGCCCCCUUUUCCUUUUUCUUCAACUCCUGGUUGUGGUCAUCCUUCUUUUCAAAUCCAAUGUUCACCUUCACAUGCUGUAAUUUCAAUCAGUAACCUGUCUUUCUCUUUGCUUCAUUAUGAGCCUGCUACUUCAACUGUUGUUGUUUCACCAAAAUCUACUGACUUCAAGAAUUGUUCUUUGUCUAAUAGAUCCAUUUCAAUGUCUGGUUCACUAUUUAAGGUCUCUGAUUCAUCUUGUUCUAGGCUUGCUGCUCUUAGGCCUUGUCCACCCCCAAAUCUCCCAAAUUGUAGUCACUGUCCAUGGCAAUGUAAACUUAUCAAGAACCCAAUUCAGUUACUACAUGAAUGUGGAUUGAGGCACCAUUUUGACUCUGAUGAAAGAUGCCAAAGUGACAUUCUUGGUUUUCUUGAUGGUUUCUUGAAAAUGGGGAUUGAGGUUGAGUGGGAUGAAGAACAAGAUUUGUACUUUUCAAGUUGUAGGACUUGUAGAGCAAGUAGUGGUGUUUGUGGAUUCAAUUCUUCACACCCCAAGAAACCAUUUUUAUGUUUUCCAUCAUCACAAGUUAGGUACUCACCUCCUUUGAUUAGACAACAAAGUGCUAAUCAUGUAGUUAUGUUGUCAAUGGUGUUUCUAUUUGUGUGUUUUCUGGUUGUUUUCUCUGUUGGAUCUUUAAUCUUUCGUUCAAGAGGUAAAGGGGCAGGUUCAGAAGAAGAUCCUACAAUCAUUUACCUUCGUAGGCAUCGUUCAGCUAGUUUACUUCCACCAGUUUUUACCUAUGAAGAACUUGAAAACUCCACAAAUCACUUCGACCACAAGAGGAAACUUGGGGAUGGAGGAUUUGGUUCUGUGUAUUUAGGGAAUCUUGAUGAUGGUAGGCUUGUUGCUGUUAAGCAUUUGCAUAAGCAUUCACCUACUGGGACUAAAGCUUUUUCAACAAAGUCAUUUUGCAAUGAAAUCUUGAUUUUGUCAUCAAUCAACCAUCCAAAUCUAGUCAAACUUCAUGGAUAUUGUAGUGAUCCAAGAGGGCUUCUUUUGGUUUAUGACUAUGUUCCAAAUGGUACUCUUGCUGACCAUCUUCAUGGUAACAAGAAUUUGUACAAAAAGGGGUCUUUAACUUGGAGUUUAAGAGUUGAUAUAGCACUACAAAUAGCAAUGGCAAUUGAGUACUUGCAUUUCUCUGUCGUUCCACCAAUAGUUCAUAGAGAUAUUACCUCAACCAAUAUCUUUGUAGAAAAAGAUAUGAGGGUAAGAGUUGGUGACUUUGGGCUAUCAAGGCUCUUAGUUUGCACAGAUACAUCAGUGGCAUCUGAUGAUUCUACUGGUGAAGUUUGGACGGGUCCACAAGGGACUCCUGGUUAUUUAGAUCCUGAUUAUCACAAGUCCUUUAGAUUGAAUGAAAAGAGUGAUAUAUAUAGCUUUGGUGUUGUGUUGUUGGAACUAAUAACAGGGAUGAAAGCUGUGGAUCAAAAGAGGGAGAAGAGGGAAAUGGCAUUGGCUGAUAUGGUAGUUUCAAGAAUUCAAAUGGGGUUGUUGGAGCAAGUUGUGGACCCUUUUUUGGUGGUGGAUGGAGAAGCAAUGGAAGGCGUUGGUGCUGUCGCAGAGCUUGCAUUCCGAUGUGUAGCUGCUGAUAAGGAUGAUCGGCCUGAUUCAAGGGAUGUCGUGGUAGAAUUGAGACGGAUAAGGGGCAGGACAAGGGGAGUUGGAAGUGGUGGUGGUGGAAUCUUGAGGACAUCAAACUCUAGUAACAUGGUGGUUCCUGAUGGGAUUGGUCUAAUUGACUAAUUAGUCAACUAUCCGAUGGACAGAUUUAAUCGAUAUCUAUAUUGUUUAGAUAUCGUUAGUGUUUUGGUAGAACGAUCUCACUCUGUACGAUAAUUGUGUUGAUGGGAGGUAGCCGAUAUAGCCUGUUUGUGAUGUACCAAUCUCAUUGAAUAAUCAGCUGCAAACAAGUUACUUGAGAAAAAAGUGUAAUUGACGAGAUUUAAGUGCAAAUGUGAAUUGCACAUGUGAUGGUGUGUGUUGUGGGGGUUGGGGGUGGACUUUUGACCGAAAAGGUGUCAGUUGAAGUAUUUGUUUGAUUGUGGUAAAAACGGAAUGUUAAUAUAUAUCCACUUCUUUUACUGAUUGUGCAUUUAAUUUUGUUUCAUCACUCGGUGAUGAUAAUUGAUGAUGUAAUUUACUCAGGUGUCCAAGAUUAAACAAGAACUUGUAAUCUUAACUGCUGUUUUGGGCACUAA